AUGUCGGUUGACAAGAUCUCUGAUGAUGAGCCAGCUGGGCCUCCUGCUCCAGUGGGCUUUUUCGACUCCUCAUUGAACGAAGUACGGAAGCAAGUCUUCUUUCUAUGGUCUCGCACAGUAUUCAUUCUUUGCGUCUUUGUUCUAGGCGUUUUAUCUUUGUUCUGGGGCUCUCAAUACAACACCGAAUCCAACUAUCCAGCCCUACAUGUCUGGGUUGUAGACUUUGACGGCCUAGUUGGCCCAUAUAUAACCAACAACACGAUCGUCGGACCAGUCGUCACGAACGUUACAAAGGAAUACGAAGCUUCCUCCGGUCUUCACCUCGGUUACCAUAUCAAAUCAGCCGCAGACUUCAACUACGAUCCUUGGAACGUCCGCCAGGCCAUCUACGAUGAGCACGCGUACGCAGCUAUCAUUGUCAACCCGAACGCAACCUCACUCCUUCGCUCAGCAAUUACAACAGAUAACACGACCUACGAUCCGACUGGGGCCAUCGAAACCGUGAUCAUCUCCGCCCGCGAUGAAAAUACCUACUACACUUACAUCCUCCCGGACCUCGCCAUCCUGCAGAAUAUGGUUCUAGCGGAGUUCGGCCCACUGUGGGCCCGCGACUUAAUCUCAUCAUCUACGAAUUUAUCUUCCAUCCCAGCCCAGGUUAUUAACCCUGCUAUCGGAUUUACAAGUGUCGAUCUCCGUCCAUUUGCGCCAGCUGUUGCAGCACCCGCUGUGACAAUCGGAUUGAUCUACCUGAUCAUUAUAUCGUUCUUUAACUUUCCGUUCUUGAUGCCUGUUCAUGCGCUUUUCAUGAAACCGGAUGGUCAUCCCCCGCUGAAGGUGCCGCAUUGGUUGAUCUGGCGAAUUUUGUCUAGUAUCACAGCUUACUUCUUUUUGUCAUUCUUUUACUCCCUCGUCUCUUUGGCGUUCCAGAUUCCGUUCAUGAAUUCGCCUGCGCCGGAUACAGUGUCUGCGAAUAAUGCGAAUGCCUAUGGCCACGGCUCAUUUGUUGUUUUCUGGAUGUUGAAUUGGGUUGGUAUGUCCGCUCUGGGCUUCCCUUGUGAGAAUAUGGCCAUGGUGCUUGGUUUCCCUUGGAGUUCGUUUUUCUUGAUCUUUUGGGUCAUUACGAAUGUUGCCACGGGAUUCUAUUCGUUGGAUCUGGCAUCGCCUGAGUUUCUUUCUCGGGAUCCAGUUGUGGAUAUUGUCGAGGCUCUGCGGACGAUUCUUUUCGGGACACACUCGCGUAUCGGUCUCGAUUUCGGAAUCCUGUUUGCGUGGAUUGCCGUUUCCCUGGCGUUCUAUCCUAUCGCCACUUUAAUCAUGCGCUGGAAGAUGAAGCGCGGGCUUUGA